CAAAUUGAUUAAAGCCCCAUUUAUUCGUAUGUACCUUGCAGCUAAUACCGAGCCAUAAUGUUUGCUGUUCGUCUUGUUUCUUUUUAUUCCUUCGACACAUUCCUGCCUUGAAUUUGCGGGUUUCCUGGCCAAGAGGACUGCAAUAAGUAUUCACUGUCACGGUCACGUGAUCCCUGGUUUGGUGGUCCGUACAUUGGAGAGUAUAUUUGUAGCUUUACGCUAGACUGCGCUGGAGAGAGCUCUUUCCUCCAGCGUAACGACGUGUAAUACUACUACCCUCACAUUCAUCAUGAUAUCUGCGGUUUUCUGGGUGGCUAUCGCCCUCAUUGCUCCGUCUCUUAGCUACAACACUAACACUACAUCUGGACUCACCGUGGACCUGGAAUAUGCAGUUUAUCAGGGGUACUACAACAACACAUUUGAUCUGAAUGUGUGGAAGGGUGUUCGUUACGCAGCCCCUCCAACUGGGAAGCUUAGGUGGCAAGCUCCGCAAGAUCCUCUUGUAACUCGUAACGGGACUAUUCUUGCAACGGAGCAACCUCCAAUUUGUCCUCAGACUGGAGCAUUUGGCCUGCCUGAUAUAUACGGCUUCACCUCUGGAUACGGAGAUGAAGAUUGUCUGUACUUAAAUGUCUACGCUGCACCGAGCGCUCGCUCGUUGCCUAUUUUAGUAUGGAUUCAUGGUGGUGGAUAUUCCAAAUUUGGAGCUGUUUACGAUCCUAGUGUGUGGAUGAACACCAACGACAACGGCUUCAUUGUCGUCGAGAUUCAAUAUCGCCUUGGAGCAUUUGGCUUCUUAGCUGCGCCUGAUGUGAAGGCUAAUGGCGCCUUGAAUGCAGGGCUACUUGACCAACGUUUUGCUCUAGAAUGGGUGCAGAAGCAUGCUGCUAAGUUCGGUGGUGACCCGACACGCGUCACCAUCGCCGGAGAGUCUUCGGGGGCUGGUUCAAUCAUGUAUCACGUUCUGGGAUACGGUGGUACUGGUUCUGAAUUAUUUAAUAAUAUCAUCGCUGCUAGUCCCUACACUGCUCCACUACGCAGAUACGAUGAUGCUGUUUCCACUGCCUACUACGAAGCUUUUGUCGAUCAAGCAGAAUGUCGCCACAGCUCCACUUAUAGCAGCGCGUUCGAGUGUUUGGUCAAUACAGACACUAUAAUUCUACAGAACGUCAGUGGGACAGUAUCUACAACCAUGGGUUAUUUCGGAAGCUUCGCUUUCUUGCCCGUCAUUGAUGACGGAUACAUACAGGACAGACCAUCACAGCAACUCCUUCAAGGGAAGGUCAACGGCAAGCGUAUCCUUGUCGGCAACAAUGCAAACGAAGGUGUACCUCUCACCAAUCCAGACGUUGAUACAUUCGAAGAAUACGACGCUUUUGUCAAAAAUACGUUUCCCUUAUUCAAUGCGUCUGACGUUUUGGCUCUCAACUCCAUCUAUCAGAUAGCAACAGCGCGAGAGGGCGACAAUGCGACUCGCUUCGAUACACUUGGUGACUCUGGCCCUACGGCACUGACCGUGUCCGAGAUGGCGACCGGACUGCAACAGACGGUCUUCAAUAUCGCGGCAGAGUCUACUUUUAAUUGCCCAGCACAAUGGCUGGCUGAGGCAUUUAGUUUUGAUGCUCGCAAGGCUUGGAAGUAUCAAUACUCUGUCACCCCAGCCUAUCAUGGCGGCGAUCUCUCUGUCUAUUUCGCCGUUGGGGCAACAGUACCAAAUGAAAAAUUUAGAAGUGCUUUUCAGAAAAUUUGGGGCAACUUCAUUAUGCAUGAUAGCCCUAUCAUUUCGGUGGAAAAUGCGACAGCUGGCUACGCCAAUGCAACUAUACCCGUGGGCGAAGAUGGCCAGAUCGCCUGGCCAGCUUAUACACCGUAUCAACCGUUGCAGUUGGAUCUUAACACGACUGGAGGCACCAUAGCAGAGGUGAAAAUCACGCCUGAGCUGAUUUACUAUGAGCGAUUGGGUCCGGGGAUUGUCAACAAUUUCCGUCUAGUUAAUUCUCUGUCUUGGGAGGGCGACCGUGGAUUGCGCUGCGAUUUUUGGAGAAGCGUGUCUGCGAGUAUUCCAUAUUAGGUGGGACAAAGAUACUGUCUUACAAAAGCCGUAGGAUUUCGUUUCUAACAUAUUUCUCAACAUUCAAAUUUAUAAG